GAGAAAUUAACAGAAAAAUACAUUGCUGGUUGAUAUCAUUCAGAGCAGUGGAAGAAUUCUGGUUUUUGAAAUGGGUGUCAUCAAUUUUUGUGUUAUUUUUGGGGUGUUCAUUCUGAAUGGAAGUUCAUCUGCCAGUAUUUGGAAGGAGGUAGAAAAAACAGCAGGAAAAAAUUUGGUUGCAUUAAAUAAUAUGAGAGGUUCUUCAGGAUUGCAAAAUAUUGAGCCAGUCCUAACUUCGGCAAAGAUAAAAAACCCUAGAAAAUAUACUGAUGGACUAUUGAAACCCAUUUUAGGAUUGAAAGAUGAAAACAGCUCCCAAAAUUUGAUAGGAAAAGGAAACCACUUCCUUUCUAAAAUGGAUAAUAUGAAAAACUGUAUUGGUUUUGGUUUGCCGAUAGUUAUACCUGUUUAUGUGCCUGCUGCAACCACAACAACUACAACCACAACCAGUGGCACACCGGAUGCUAGAUCAUGAUAUUUCAAAUAUGGAGUAGCUAACUAAAUAUUGAACGGAAUAAUUCGGAAAUGAAACUAUUUUUCGAGUUUUAAAAUUCACAUUCCUAUAUACAUAAGUAAUAAUUGUAAUGAUCUGGAUGGAACAGUUGUUAAUUAUAUGCAUAUGAAUAAGAUUUUUCGGAA